AUGGGCCGCAGAAAAAUCAGCAAACGGCCGUACACUCCCGAUCAAACCGCAGAGGGAAAUGUGGAUAGCGAUGUUGAUGAAAUCAUCGAUGUUGAAACCAUCCAGUCGUCACAGAUUCUAUCCUCUCAUUUCGUUGGUCCAAAAUCUUCAGUACUUUCGAACUCUCAAGGAAGAUCCGAGAGUAUCUCCUCUCUUUCUUCCGCUGCAGUAAGGAAUCCGAAAGAUCAGAAGGAGACGGAAUUUUGGGAAAAUAGCGCUCCGGUACCAUCAAAACGUGCUCCAGUACUUGCAGAUGAAGGUAUUGGAACGCUUGUUGUCACCAAGUUACCACUUGAGGAAAUGUCGAUGUCCACAAAGACGCUUCGUGCGAUUCAAGAGGAUCAUAGUUUAUCUAAGUCUCGAUCUCCAGAGGGUAACGAAGAGCCUUCAUCACGACUAAUGAAGAUAGAGGAAUCAUCUUCAAUAACUAAAGAACUGAAGCCUGCUUCGUUAGCCACUAAUACCGAGCCGUCAACCUCACAUGGGGUCCAGAAGGCGCCUGCAGCGAGCAAGAAAUUUCCCCCAGAUACACUUGCGUGUGCUCAUCAACAUUGUCAGGCCACCUUCAGCCAUGUAGACGACUUGAUCUCCCAUUUGGUCAAUUUUCACUGCCAGCAUCAAUUCAGGCAACGAAAGUUAACGUUCGUCUCCCCCGAGAAAUAUGAACUGUGGAAAGCUUCACACCAAAAAGCUUUCGACACGACUAUGGUGAUGCACGGUGAUCGCGAGGAAAACGACGAAAUCAUUCGGAUACAUUAUUAUUGUGCUUACUGUAAUGAUUGGCGACAGCAGUUCGGAGAGACUCGACCCAGCAACGAUUUGAAUGAGAAGGCUGGAACUGGAGGACCGUCUUAUUUCAACGAUGGGAGAUGUGUAAAGGCCAUGGUCGGAUGUCCGUCUUACUUUGUAGUAUCCGUCUGUAAAGAGAAUAACUAUGUCUCUGUGGUUGGUUGCUUUGCUCAUCUCGGCCACGAGAAGAAGGUGUUACCAGCAGCUCGAGAACGGGUCUCACCAAAUCAAGCACCUAGUUCGAGGACGGCUCCGGCUCAAUGUAAAUAUUGUAAUAAAUGGUUUCCUUCACAAGUGAGCAUGAAUCGCCAUGUGAGAGAGGAACACACGGACCCUAAUUAUCCUAAAGGUACAACCAUAGAAUGCGGUGAUCCUCAUUGUGACGUAGUCUGCGAUCGCAUGUCAACCUUGUGCGAGCACGUUGCUCAAGAGCAUGGUCGUGGUGAUUUGGUCAUUGAGGAAUUCAAGUUUCCGAGCCAGGAGAGAUUCAAGGAGUGGAAAGAUCAAGUUGAGGCGGAAACGAUGUCUAAAUAUGUUUUGUCAUCAAGUCGCACACGUCUCAGCGGAGUGGUUCAGUUGUACUAUUUGUGCCAUUUGAGUGGUUACGCAAAUCGAUCACGUCACUCCGCUGUACAAGUAAGUCGCAUGCGAACGACUAAGAAGCUGGGCCGUUACUGCACAGCCUUCAUGAAUGUUAAAGAGUUGUCUGAUGGAAGUGUUGUAGUGCACUGCUGCCUUGGACAUUUCGGUCACAAUUUUGAUGUAAGUAGACUACCUCUUCCGAACACCGUAAAGGAAGAAAUAUCCGAAUUGCUGCUAAAGGGCAUAGACUCUCAAACGGUUCACGAUAUGGUACGAAAGAAAUAUACGUCAUCUGAUAGAGGUUAUUAUCUGAAGCGCUAUGAAGUUCGAAACAUCGCCGAUAAACUCCGGAAACAAGGUUUAAUCUUACCCAAAGAGAGAGAAACGGUAGCUUCUCCUCUAUCGACGUUGCACUCUGAAGAGACUUCUGGGAAGACGAUUCAGCAGGACAAGCAACCUCAGCAGAGUGUCAGAUUCCAAUCGGUUCGUUCCUUGUCAGAUAGCCACGUGCCAAGAAGUGAGGCUACGUCGAAUUCUGUUAUUGCUGGUAUACGCGAUGUGUCACCACCGAUCAUAGGACCAUGUCCAUACAUAGAAUACAGGGGAGAUGAAUACGAAGAAAUAGAUGUGAUAGUCGAAGACGACGUAGACUCUCUAACCUACUUUGUGGAUGACGUACAUGGUUCAGAGAAUAUGCUGAAAGUGGUCCACCCAGUCCGAGACGAAUCGUCGCUUCCAACUAAGAUAGUGCCAUUGCUGAUGGAGCCACAACCAACAGGCAAUGCUGGUUUUGAUGAAACUAUGACUAACUUGAAUAGGAGGAUAAACGCUCUCCACGCUCAAAUAAAACAGACUGUAGAUCUGAACAAAAAGAAGCUCUUAAUGGCACAAGUCCGAACUUUGCAAGGGCAACUUGUAAGAGGCGUACCACAAACGACUGCGUUUAUGCAAGCAGUUGAACCCGAGUUCGAUGGGGAGGAGGAAGGAGAGGAGGAGCGAUUAGAAGCGAUUGAGCACGACGAUACGGUAUGCCUUGAGGUGGAGGUGGAAAGCUCAGAAGCGCCGUACAGAGAGGUGCAAACGCAAAAUGUUGAAGAGCAGUAUGAGGAGGAUCUGUCAGAAGUGACAUUCGAAGGGGAUCCAUAUGAGGAAGUUGUGUCAGGGGGUUAUGAGCAUUCAGCCGGAAUAUCAUACCAUUCAUAA